CGGCUGACGGUCUGUCAAACGAUAAAAUAUGAAAAUAACAUAAUACACUAUAAGAUAUUUUUUUCCUCUAAUUAUGACUUAUUUAUAUUUUAUAUUUAAAUAAUAAUAAUAAUAAUAAUAAAUACGUUAAACGCGGUUCAAGUGGAGUGAAUACUGAGAAUGUCUUGGUCGGACGACCGUGCCGUGGAUACAGCCCAUUGGCAAAUCCUUAAAAACCAUUUGAAACCUAAUGUAUGGCCUACAUCUCGGGAGUUGUUAAAAUACAAGCAAGAACUCGACACUUCUAGACACGCUGAUCUAAAUCAAUUUGCCAGUUCGAUACAAGAAAUGAAAAAAAAACUCUCCUAUUUGAAAAAGACUGCGUUAGACGUAAAUAAAAUCAAAAUAAUAGGAUUUGAACAAUUUCGAAAUGAUAUUAAGACAUUUGAGUCGAAGCUGUCAAAAUUAAAAGAAGGAUGCUCAAAAAAAUUACGAGAGGAGAACCUUAAGCAAUUGGCGCUGUUUGAAGAAAUUGAACGGGUGAAGCAACUAGCACUGCAUGAUGUAGUUUCAAAGCCAAACGUCGAUACUAUUAGUAAAAAAAAGAAACAAACAAAAACCAUCAAAAGAGUUCCGAUUUCAAAAAAUACAUACUCUUCAAAAGAAAUAGCGGAUUUCUAUGAUUUCUGUGAACGUAAUUACGGUCUUACGGGAGGCUGGUCUAGUAAGGAUCACGAAACAUUUUUAAAGAUUCGUUCCAAGCACGCCGAUGCUGUAGAUUUCAUAGAUCAUGUUGUACAAGCAAUGCCACAUAUAACCGAAAAUGCUGCACGUGAACAUGAAAAUUGGUUCUUAAAAUUUGAAGAACUUAAAACUAAACAAAAAGAAGCAAUAACGAAGUGGAAAAAGGAAAAGAAAAAUGUUGUUAUGCCUGACUGCAAUACAAAAACUUGUGACAUAUUAAGAAAAUGUACAGAUAAUGAUCCAGAAAUCACGCAGAACUUUUCAAAUGACAAUUUAGCAAACCAAAAAAAUAUAAAUCACAAUGUUAAUAAAUCUCAAAUUGAAGUAAUUGAAUCGAAAAUACUUGAUAACUGUGGAAAAACGUUGCUUAAACGUUUUAGAGAAAAAGAUAAAAAAUAUGUAGAGUCCAAAAAAACAAAUAAAGCACAACUGGAGUGUCAAAGAAAAUCGGACCAGCUUACCAUAGUUACUUUGCAUGGAAAUUCAGAAAAAUAUGCUGAAAAUGAAUCACUAGAAAAACUUCCAAAUGUACACUUAAGCAUUUAUGGUGCACAUAAUAAAGAUGUAUAUUAAAUUUCACGACGGAAAAGGAGAUUAUCCUUGGGUCAUGUGAGUAAAAUUCCUAGGUGAAUUUAGGAAAACCGAUGGGAGCAAGGCGAGCAAAGGACAGAUCUCUCUAAUAUAUUUAUGAAAAUGUAAUUUAAUGUAUUUAGGCAUUUUAUAAGAAUAUUCUAAUAUGAGUAUAUACUGUGUAGGUACGUUAUAUUAUUAUU